AUGCACCUGCCUGCGGAGCCCGCUGCCCACGGCCCUCGGGUCAGCGCCCGGGGCCCGCCGGGGGGCCAGAGGGAGGGCGGCGCGGCCGAGAGCCCUUCUGACCCGCCUCGCUCCGCGGCCGCCCAGCAGACGUCCCCCGGGACGGAGCGACUGCAGAGGCAGCCGCCCGCGCGUCAUUCUGGGGCCGGAAGCCGAGCUGGAACCGCGACCCGGACCACGCGCAGCCUGCCCCGCGGGCAGACGGCCGUGCGCAUGCGCAUGGCGGCGGGCAGCGGUUGCCAAGGUGACCGGAGCCCAGGCCGCCCCGCCCCCCGCGCCGCAGCCCUGCGGACAUGGCCGCGCCCACCGCCGGGGGUGAGGGGUCAGCUCCGGGUCGGGGUCGGCCGGGGGAGACCGGGGCCCGGGGUUCAGGGAGCAAGUUUCCGAGGCUGGAAAGAAGUGACCUCUCUGUUCAAUAAAGACGAUGAACAGCGUCUGCUGGAGAGCUGUGAGUCUCCCAGGUCUAAAGGAACUAAUUUACGAUUAAAAGAAGAGUUGAAGACAGAGAAGAAAUCUGGAUUUUGGGAUAAUUUGGCUUUAAAACAGAACAUACAGUCGAAGAAACCAGAUGAGAUUGAAGGUUGGGAGCCUCCAAAACUUGCUCUUGAAGAUGUGGCAGCUGAUUCGAAUGACGCCUUGAAUGACCAUGUGUCACGUCCAGGCUGGGAGGAGGACCCCAAGGGCUCCACCAAGUACACCAGCUUGGCCAGCUCAGGAAACAGCUCCCGCUGGAGCCUCAGGUCAGCGGGGAAGCUGGUCAGUAUCAGACGGCAGAGCAAGGGCCACCUGACAGAUCACUGGGAAGAGCUGGAGUGACGGCGUCAGAGGAGACACUGGUGACGGAAGCCCACAGUUCCCAAGCAUUUCAAACCAAAAUUUGCCUAAUACUGCACCUUUGUAUCUCAUUUAAUUCAGAUUCUUGGCGCUUGGCGUAUCAUGUUUUUUUAUUAGUAUAUCAAGUUGUUUAGUCUUUCCCAUGUUAAAAUUCUUUGAGUAGAGCAUCCACUCUGCCCAUAGUUCAUGUUUGGACUUUCUUCACGUGUCGAGUUAGGAAAUCCCCCAACACGCUGUGGCUCCUCGGUGGAUGUAUAUGGGGGUUGCACACUGAUUGCCUUAUUGUAGAAAUGUCCACUUCCUAGAGUCCACGUGUGGCUGAAACUGGAGAUUUGAACUUGUGCUGCUGUCCCAUGAGAUACCAGUAAUGAUUUGCAGUUUGCCACAAAGUCAAUUUCAUGCCAUCCUCGGUCACAGUUCUUUGUUUCAUAACAUGACACCCUCCUCUUGCAUGUAGCAUAUAUGUAGUCUGUGACACACAAGAAUGUAGCAGCUGUGCAAUUCUCUGUUGCCAGAAACUUCCAAUCCAGGUGUAAAAUGAAUCUUCCAAAGGUUAUGUUGAAUUGUGUUUAACCUGGCAAAUUAAACUUUUUUUCAUAUUGAAUUUAAAAAUAUGCGAAAAAAUUACAUACUGGAAAACAAAGGCAAUAUGUGGUCAAGCAUGCAGUGCCACUGUCUGCAAACGCAUCUUCAUCUCUUGCCAGGGAGGAUGGUGAUGGUGGUUCUUAUUUGGAGGUUUUAUUUUUACUUCUCUGAAUUUUUAAAUACUGAUCUUUAUUUUCUUUUAAAAAUUAGUUCUCAUUUUUUGAUUGCAGAUUAAAAGAAUGCUGUAAUAAGCGUGGAUCAAUUUUAGUACCUUGAUACUUUCAAUUUGGUUUAGAAAAUAUUAACUUGCUCACUAUGGAGUUAAAACUGUAUAUAAAAUACUGGAAGUGCCUUUUUCCUGUAAUACCCAGGUUUUUGUUUUUUCACAAUGAGAUGCUUCCUGUGACUGCUGUGAGAGCCCACGAAGCUGCCGUGGCUGACGGAGAGCACCGCUGAGCUGGCUCACUUCCUCUGCCUCUAGACUUGCUUCUGCCCUUACAAAGCCACCCCUGCAUCAGGUCUGCCAGGCAUGGGCUCCUCGGCAGCACAGCGCUUACCUGCAGGUGCUUGUAUUGUAGGGAGCGGUGGUUUGAAAGGAAAGGUGCAGGGUUUUUGUUGGUUAAAGACAAAACCCUCCAAUUCUGUGUGCAUUCCUCUAGUAAACAACACUGUCCUCGAGUUGUUGAGCGUGCACUUCUGUGCUGUUCCCAUGAGCAGACGUUCAUUUAACACUCCUGUGGGACGUCCAAGUACGCCUGAGCACAGGACAUCCAAUGGGUGACAGUGCCUGUCAUCUGCCAGUCAAUCAUCUAUCUCUAUCAUCUCGCUAUCCAAUAUAUCUUUUUCUUUUAAUAGAACAAGGAAUUUACUUGACUGAGCCGUGAAGGGGGGACAUGUUUUAAGUGGUGUUAAAAUAAAAAUCUAGUUUGUGUUAGAACCCUGAAAUGGUGGAGAUUUUCUUUGUUUCGUAAUGCAGAGGAAACUUUAUAAUUUUUAGUCUAAUAGCUGAGUUGGAAGAUCUCGUUUCCUCAGGUAAAGUUGAUCACACAAACAUGCCCCGCACCAUGAUGCGCCCGUGGAUGUUAAAGCGGGGGCCGAUGUAGCUCUGUCUGGCUGAUGGGGUCAUGAGGUGCAGGAGGCACACGCUGCGGCUGAGACUGGUGGGGGUGGUCUGUGCCUGGCUGCAGCUUGCUCCCCCUGGAGGUUGUAAUGCUAAGUGCCUGUAACUCGGGUAGUAUAUUCGUGAUGCACAGCUGGCAAGAGUUCUUAAUAUUGUUUCUCAAAAUCUGAAGACAAAGCCAGAAUGGGAUUGGGAUAUGCACUAUAAAUCACAUUUUUCUUAUCUACAAAGAUUAAUGUAAAAAUGGAUUUUUUCUUCUGCUGUAUCUGAUUAAAUGAAAAUAAAUGUUUGUGAUUUUUAAUAUAAAUAUUUAUUGAUGUGCUUUGGGAGAAAACUAUUUUUUCUUGAUAAAACUUACCAAAGCGACUUUGUUUUGAUCACAGGUUAAUGAGAGAAUGUGGUUUUGAUUUUGGAGUUUUUGUUGAAUUCUGUAGACACACAACUUCACUGUGUGAAAAGCAAGUUAUCUGUGCUCCUUCUGUUUAAUAAAAUUUGUUUAAUACGAAAGUGAUUGGCUUCAAAGAAGGUGGAAUUCAUCCUUAAUGCUGAGGUUUUUUUUUUAAAAAAAGGAUCAUUUGUAUCUGCUUUCAUUAUUAGUUUGCAUGAUUACUGGCAUCUACUUAAAGGUGAAUGCUUACGAUGACUUUAAUCACUUACAGCGAAUGGCACUUUUCUUGACACUUUAAACCUCAUUUUAAAAUGCAAACAAUACAUGUAGACUUUUUCAUAAAUAAAUGACCAAUUUCAACCUAA